AAUGAGCGGGUGUGGAUCGGGCUAUACAAGAACGGUGUGACAUAAAUACUUAACCAUAUUCAAGAAUGAUGGCACGCAUCAGCUUGUAAAACAAGUACACCCAAUGUUGGCCCUUGAUUGGCUCACCUACUUUCUGAUUCAAAAUUUGAUUGGUUUGAUUGUGAACCCCUAAGAAAUAUGUCCAUUCCAUUGGUAGGCUGGAGUUCAACGUUUCCUUCUUGCGUUUCGUCCCACUGUCAAAUCUGCUAGCUAGCUGCUCCCGCUGUGAUUCAUUGUUCUGGGAUUAGUAUUUAAACGUGUUACAAAGAAUGAGAAGAGUUACUCUUUUUGUGAACGGGACGUCCAAAAAUGGCAAGGUUGUAGCUGUGUAUGGGACCUUGGCCGACCUGUUAUCUGUAGCAAGCAAUAAGUUGGGAAUCAAAGCCUGUAAUUUAUACAAUGGAAAAGGUGGUCUUAUAGAUGACAUAGCGCUCAUCAGGGAUGAUGAUGUUUUGUAUGUCUCAGAGGGAGACCCCUUUGUUGACCCACAGAAUGAUGUCAGGACUACAGACGGCCUGCCUAGGGCACACACAGAUUGGCUGACCCUUAAUAUUGGGGGGCGUCUCUUCACCACCACACGCAGUACCUUGGUCAGCAAGGAGCCAGAGAGCAUGCUUGCUCACAUGUUCCGGGAGAAGGAUGUAUGGGGUAACAAGCAGGAUGAACGUGGGGCUUACCUGAUUGACCGCAGCCCAGAAUACUUUGAGCCUAUUCUUAAUUACCUGCGACAUGGCCAGCUCAUUAUCAAUGAAGGUAUCAAUUUACUUGGGGUUUUGGAGGAGGCUCGAUUCUUUGGAAUUGAGCAGCUGGCUGAUCAGUUGGAAGUAGCAAUAAAGAAUAACCAGCCACCUGAGGACCACUCUCCCAUCUCUCGCAAGGAGUUUGUUCGGUUUCUGCUGGCUACACCCACCAAAUCAGAGCUCCGCUGUCAGGGACUUAAUUUCAGUGGUGCUGAUCUCUCUCGCCUCGACUUGCGCUACAUCAACUUCAAGAUGGCCAACCUGAGUCGCUGCAACCUGACACAUGCCAACCUAUGUUGUUCAAACCUGGAGCGGGCUGACCUCUCUGGGGCCAACCUUGAUGGUGCUAACUUGCAGGGUGUAAAAAUGCUCUGUUCAAAUGCUGAGGGGGCGUCUCUCAAAGGAUGUAAUUUUGAAGACCCGUCUGGUCUAAAGGCGAACUUGGAGGGUGCCAAUCUAAAAGGUGUUGACAUGGAGGGAAGUCAGAUGACUGGAAUUAAUCUGCGUGUGGCCACUCUAAAAAAUGCUAAACUGAAGAACUGUAACCUACGGGGUGCCACUUUGGCAGGAACUGAUCUUGAGAAUUGUGAUCUGUCUGGCUGUGACCUACAAGAGGCCAACUUGAGAGGGUCCAAUGUGAAGGGGGCCAUUUUUGAAGAGAUGCUGACUGCAUUGCACAUGUCUCAGAGUGUCAGAUGACUCCCCUGCACAUUCCACCUGGAUUCAGGCUGGUUAAUCUCAUGAAUGCCUGGCAACGAUGUUAUUAUGCCAGCAAAUCCCACCCACCCCUACUAUCAAGCUUCCUGGACCCUUAUGCAAUACAUGCAUUUUAUGCACAUCCCUGGCAUCCCACAUCCCUUCCACCUGAUAUACUAGCUUUAAAUCUCUUGCACUAGAGCACAUCCAGGGUUAUCUGUUUCUGUUAUAUAGUGGAAUAUUUUAAAUGUCUGACUGUCUUUUUUUUCCCAAACCAAAAUAUUGAAUGUUCUUUAUGUAUGUUUACUAUUAUAUCUGGAUUCAAUCCUAACUUAUUAUUAUUUUUAUGAUUUCUAGAUGUGUGUUUUCUAGAUUAUUUAAUGUCUGUAAAUCAAAGAUUAUCAAACUAUAAGUGCAUGAAAGUAAAAAAGGGCCUCAAUCAAGACUGUGGUAAAGCAUAAAUGGGAGAUGACAUUGUGUGACUGUACAUUCUUAUCAAUGUACUUAAAGUUCCAGAUAUGCUUUAUGAUUAGGAUGUUUAUUUUCUAAGUCAAAGCCAUACCGUAGCAUGGUGAAAAUGGCAAAAAUAAUUUGCUGUUAUUGCACCACACAAUUAUGCUGUGGAAUUAAUUUUUCAUAUAAGACUGUGGGUGUUGAACUGUAUUCAACAGAAUUUCAAGUAUGCAAUGUACUCUUUCCUUGCUGCCUGUCGUUUUUGGUGUUCUCCGUGAAUCUACCUCCUUAUUUUCUACCCCUGUCUGAUAUCUAGUUGCAUGCAUUUCACUGUAGUUUUGGCUCUUGUGUGAAAUUCAUCAUAUCCAAAUAUUAUCAAAGUGAAUGUGUGUUUUAAUUGUGUUACUGUCAUGUUCAAGCUUGUGUAGCACUUAGUUGUAUAACACUCCCCUCAAGGAGACCACAACCAAUGAACAGGGCAUAUCAUUCAGUCAUGUCUUGAAAUUUUGCUUUGCACAAAUGUCUAAAUGGUAUGUUUUGGUCAGUAACUUCAGUUUUACUCACUCAUAGGACACCAAGUUAAAUGUGCUUGUAACAUAAUGUAUUUCAAAUCUAGUGCUUCCAAAACAUUAUUAGGAUAGCAAAAUGUUAUCACUGCUGGACUGUGAUUGUUACAAUCUCAGUUCUUUUAGAACAAUGUCUGCAUGUUUAAAGACUGCAUAUUCUCUGGCUGUAGCUGAAAGAGUUUGAGAUGCAAUAUUCUCUCUAUACUCUAUUUCACAGUAGGUAGGUACUCAUCUGUCAUGAUAAUGAACACAACCAUAAAGAAUAUUGCACCUUGAGUGUGGAGAUUGUCAAUAUCAGAACCUUGAAGGAACAAUGGUUAUUUAUUUUGAUAUAACAUUGUAUUCAAGAAAUAUUGGAUGAAAGUUCUUUAAAUAUCGGGUGUGUUUCUCUCUUUUCCCUGUCUAUAAUUAUUGCACUCAACCACAAAAAUGUAAUUAAAAAAAUUACUGUAAUUUUUUUUUAAAGUAUCUGUAAUGAAUUACUUGUGCAAAUUAAAUAAUGGUAUCUUUUCACUAACUUUCCAAAAUAACUGCCCUGUGCCUAAUUAAUUUCAUUGUUGCUGCUGUAAAAGUGCACAGUCAUACCUGUAUUUUAGGCUUUUAAAAGGCUCUUUGGGUUCCUGAAGUGGAGAUACUUAGUGCUGCUCUGCAAUAUAUGUUUGAGUGGAUCCUUUUUUCUUUAAUUACACUUUUUUGUGACCUCUGGUGAAGUGAUGGGACUAAGGGGCCAAUAAAACCUCAGACACAUUAACUGCUCAGAGUAAGGCUGACUAUUUGAAGAAUAGAAGACAAACAUUUCCGGUUGCUGCUGCUCUUGGUGGUGGAACUACUAUCAACAUUGGUCCUUAUCCAAUGAUGGGAGGGAUGUUCCUAUAGUUGCAUAGUAAAUUCUAGCUAAAUGACAAUUCUACAGAUGGCUGAAGAUGGAGUUUGUUUGGCUGUGAUGUCUCACCUCAUGCCAAAAUGUACAGACUAAGGGAAUUUGUGAGUGACAUUUACAAUUUUGCAAAUAGGGCAGUUUCCCUUCAAGAAGCUACCCAGAAGUUGAAAAGAAAUGGAAAUUGUGUUGGUAGUUACUUUUUUCAUUGAUGUGUUUUUUUUCUCAAGGUUUUAUCCAAAUUGUAAACUAUAUUUUUAAUUUAGUUUUUUUGUAGGCAACCCUCGCUGACAGAAAGUGGACUCAAAAAUAUAUUGCAAAUGUAUGCUAACGCUAAUAAAAAUUGCAGUGCCA